ACUGUUAAUGCAGAGAGCAAACCUUCAAACACCAGAGGAGAGAAAUCAUCUAGAAGGGCCCUGACAGCUUUCAAAGUUACCUCAGUCAUCAAAAUCCUGGUUCAACAGCAAAGAAUGGAAGAGCUGAACUUCAACGACACGUCAUUGAUAAACGGCUCUGAUUACAGCAACAUGAGCCACUACUCCUCUGAAUUCUACAUUCUCAGUAGUAUUCUAAUCUGUGUGAAUUGGGUCACCAUUGCCAUUGGAUUUCCUUUAGUUAUUAUAAUAUUGAUUGCAGUUUUUUUUCAGGUGAAAAACGGUCAGGAUGCUCCAGUUUUUGUUAUUAAUCUUCUCGUCUCUGAUAUCGUUCAGUUCUGCAGCAGAAUUCCAGUAUAUUUUGAUUAUUUUAGUUUAAUCCCCCUUCUCCUCAUAUUUUAUGCUGCACUGGUCAGUGUUGGAUUCAUGAUGUGUGUCUCCUGUGAACGGUAUCUGGUUGUUGCCAAGCCACUGUGGUACAGAUUCAGGAGAACCAUCAAGACAUAUGUGGUGGUCUGCAUGGUGGUCUGGAUACUUCCUGUUUUGUUUUCGCUAUUUUUUUUUAUUACUCUAGAUUUUAAGAUGAUUGGCAUCAUCAUUACAGUUUUUCUCCUCCUUCCUUUUCCCGUGUUCAUCUUCUUCCUGGUUGGGACUAUCAAAGCUCUUUCUGCAGCGUUCAAUGUCCCAGCAGAUGAAAAACGACGAAUCGCAGCCAUUCAGGUUGUGGUGCUGAUUAUUUACACUCUGCUGUUUGUGCCCUUCAUCAUUCAGAUUCUGCGUUUGUUUGGUGUAUUGUAUCAUGAUUUUUGGUAUGAUCUGUUUUGGUAUACUGCAGGAUUCAUUUGUGUUUUUCUUAGUCCUCUUGCAAACACAACUUUGUAUUUAUUCAGUCGGAAAAGCAUCAUGGAUAAGUUUCUGGCUUCAAUCUGUUCUUGUAAAAUGUCCGACAGUCAGGAGACGAGUAGCACAGAUAAUGAAAUCAGGAUUGUAACAAUUACUGGGAAUGUUUAG